AUGGCACCUUGGCCUCAGGCCUGGACCGCCAGUCAUGCUGCUGCUCCUUUGCGAUCCUUCCCUCUGAUCGCAUACCUCUCGCUAUUCACCCUCCUCGCCUCCACCGUCGCCCAUGCGCAAACUGUCGCUAUCCUACCUUCCGCUGCCUCUUCCUCCUUUCCCUCCUGCGGCCUAACCUGCUCCGUCCUCCUCCAAGCCCAAUCCGACUGCCUGCCGCCCGCCGCUCCGCAGACAGACUCGGCCACUUACGCCUCCUGCUUCUGCCAUUCACAUAAUCUCACCGAGCUUCACACCUCCUCGAACGCUGUCUGCGACGAUACCUGCACCAAUGCCUCCGAUCGCUCGUUAAUACAGACAUGGUACAACAACUAUUGCGCGGUCGGCGCCUCACUCGCCGACGCUGACACCACAAAUAAGGAGGAGGAAAAAUGGCAGGCCCAUUCCGCUCAAUCCGUCACCAAGAUCCGCGCGUAUAGGAGGACUGCUGCUUCCAACGCUUGGUGGUCAACACACUACAAAUGGGUGAUCAUGGUCAUCAUCCUGGUCGUCGGAUUCAGCAUCAUCAGCGUGGUGGGCGUAUGGGCGAAGCGCCGCCAUGAUCGGAAGUACCCGGGUCUGUAUCACGCCGCAGCCACCGGUGGCACAGACAGCGCUCUGCUGGCCGCCCGCCAGCAAGAGAUCGGUCCCGCGCCCGGGCCUGAUACACGCGCGCCGGGUCAAUUCAUGCCCGCUCAGUAUGACCCCGCCCAGAAUCCGGGAUCCAUCGCCAGCAGUUCACAUACCAACGUCGCUGCCGCUGCCGCUGCCGCUGCUGCCAAUGCCCCCGGGCCCCGACCAGCGCGCACGUCAUCCCGUCUGCAGAAGACGCAACCCGUAUCCGACAGUGACACCGAAAUUCGCGAAGUAGCUCGGUGA